AGUAGAACGGCGCACUAUACCACUUUUCACUUGUGUAAAAACAGAUCAGCCGGUGCAAGGAGCCCAACUGUUGGAUUUGUUGGGAUUCUUUACACCUUAUUUUAAACUACAUUAUGGACAAAAGACAACAACUUGUAACGCCACACUGGAAUCUGAAAUUACCAAAGCUCUAGGGUGUUGCAGGGAAGGUUCCAUGAGGAGUUUCCACUCAGGACCUUGGGUACGUCUACUGUCACAGUAGGUCUGAGGGUCCAUGAGGAGCCAAUGAGAAUGGCCUUGACAGACAGGGCUAAACUGCUUAGCCUUAUAGCAGUCCUACUGCACAUAUCCAGAUGUCAGGGGAGCCUUGAUAAGGACAGCUCUCCUCUGAGGUUCACCCAUCACUUAUAUAAUGCCACCAUUAAUGAGAACUCUGCCCCCCGAACCUACGUGGAGAGCCCAGUACGAAUGGGCAUUGUAGUUUCUGACCCUUUAUGGAACAUCAAGUACAGAGUUGUUGCUGGUGAUGAAGAUGGCCUUUUCAAAGCAGAGGAGUUAACCGUAGGGGAUUUCAGCUUUCUGAGGUUAGCAACUGGCAGUGGCAACUCUCUCUCUCCUGUAUUGCUCAACAGAGAAGUACGAGAUGCCUACACGCUGACUGUUGAAGCUACAGAGAGCACCUAUGAGUACCAAUCGAGAACAAAAGUACUGAUCCAGGUGCUUGAUAGAAAUGACCUGAAACCCCUUUUCUACCCUGCUUCUUACAAUGUGGUAAUCAGAGAGGACACUCCGGUGAAGUCCAGUGUGGUGAGAGUAAGCGCAACAGAUGCUGAUAUUGGUAGCAAUGCUGAGUUUUAUUACUCCUUCACCACUAGAUCACAUCCAUUUGCUGUCGAUCCUUUCACGGGCACUGUCACACUUGUUAAAAGGCUUAAUACCAGUCUGAAAGAAAGGUAUGAUCUCACAAUUUUGGCUGAGGACAGGACAAAGAAAAUCUCUGGGGUCCAGAAGUUUGGAAAUGUCGCGACGGUGGUUGUAAAUGUUGAAAAGGUCAUUGACAAUUUUACUCUUAUCUCACCUCUCAAUUCAGAUGCUCCUCAAAUGGAUGCUGAAAAAAUAAAUGUGAACAUCAAGCUAGAGCCCCAUGUGAAGGCACGAGCUGCCUCUCUGAAUAUAGUUGCAGGGGAUCCGGAGAAAAAAUUUGAGAUUAUUCCAUCUGCCUUCCAGGGUAGUGACUUUCAAGUGGUCUCAAUAAAAUGGAUUAACUGGGCAGAAAACACACUUGGAUUAAAUUUUUCCCUUCAGGUGAAAGACAGAAGUAUUCCCCCUUUGCUAACACCAAUUAAGGAAAUUCAUAUUCCCGCUCCUCAAUUUACCUCUCUGACUUUUGAUCAGAGAAUAUAUCAAGUAACUCUUAGUGAAUUUUCCCCACCAAAAACACAUGUACUUAAAGUGUCUGUCCAACCACAUUUAGCAAAUGUCACCUACCAUAUCAGAAACAACCCAGAUAGCCACAAAUUCAAAAUUAAUCCCAAAACUGGCAUUAUUGUCACCUCUGAGCAUCUCGACUUUGAAAAGAAAUCUCAUUAUGAGUUUGAUGUCACAGUCAAUCCUGGUGAAACUGAAGCUCACGUCAUAGUCAAAGUAACUGAUGAGAAUGACAACACUCCUACAUUUACCUCACCCUCAUACCAGGCCACUGUGCAAGAAAAUGUUCCGAUAGGAACUAGCAUUUCAAGAGUCUCUGCUAUUGAUGUGGACAGGGACUACAAUGGUUUUGUCACCUAUGCAAUUGCAAACACAGCUCCACUACCUUUUGUCAUAGAUCCAUUAACAGGAGUCAUUUCUACCUCUGAAGAGCUUGACUAUGAGCUAAUGAAAAGGUGGCACCAUCUCAGGAUCUGGGCUUCUGACAGUGGAAGUCCCUUUAGCCGUGUCAGUGAGUGUGCUGUGACCAUCACUAUGAUCAACAUCAAUGACAACAUUCCACUUUUUGAAAGAGUGGAGUGCAAUGUCUCCAUACCACAAGAUUUAAAAGCCGGAAAGAGCAUUGUUGAUAUUUUUGCAGUUGAUUAUGAUGAGCUAGAGCAAAUACAUUACAGAAUCCAGUCAGGAAAUGAGGAUAAAUUAUUUGCAAUUGACGCUGUUACUGGCAACAUUAUUCUAGCUCAACCUAUCCCCAGUGAGAUUCUAGCAACAAAACAUCCUUCAUUUACCCUACAAAUAACAGCAAGUGAUGGAAAAUAUAGCACUGAGUCCACUACUGUCACUGUACAUAUAACAGACAAAGGAAAGGAAGUUACGAGACACUGUCAGGAAACCGGAGUCUCAAGGCAGCUGACUGAGAAGCUCAUUGAAACAAUCAAGCCUGUCCUCUCUGCCCAAGAGGAAGAGACCUUCUCUGAUGUCCAUAUAAUCAAUCAUCACUCUCCAAAGUUUGAUCAUGCCAUUCCUAGCUCCAUUGAUGUCAGGGAAAACUUUGCUCUCAAUGUGUCUAUAUUACAAUUUAAGGCCACCGAUAAUGACAGUGGCUUUAAUGGCAGGGUUGUCUAUGCAAUUUCAAGUGGGAAUGAAGAUGGAUGUUUCACAAUUGAUAUGAACACAGGAGAACUGAAAAUCAUCUGUCCAUUAGACAGAGAAACAAAACAAUUCUAUAUUCUGAACAUAACUGUGUAUGACUUAGGUACUCCACAAAUAUCUGCUUGGAAAUUGCUUGCUGUCAAUGUCCUGGAUGUAAAUGACAAUUCACCAUUAUUUACUCAACCAAGAUAUGUUCUGAGCAUCCCUGAAAACACAGAGAUUGACAAAAGCAUCUUUAAAGUGCAUGCAGUGGAUACUGACCAAGGUGACAAUGGAGUGAUCAAAUAUUCCUUGUUAACAUUUACUAACUUGUUCAAAGUUGAUGAAAUCUCUGGGGAUGUGAGCGUGAAAGGGAAUUUGGACAGAGAGACCUUCCCCAGAUAUGACUUAAAGAUUGAAGCCAGGGAUGAAGCGAAAGAGGACCCUCAACUUAUCUCAAUAGCAGAUUUAGUGGUUGUCCUCGAAGAUAUCAAUGAUAAUCCUCCUGUUUUUGUACCUAAGGUCUACAGGAUUAAAGUUCCUGAAGAUGCCCCUCCAGGCACAGUUCUGUUAUGGGUUGAAAGCUAUGACUUAGAUUUGGGCAGUGGAGGCACCGUAAGCUAUAAUCUGAAGAACGGUGAAGGAGGCACCUUUUUCCUGGACACAUCCACAGGUUUACUCACUCUUGAGAAAGAAUUGGACUUUGAGAGAAAACAAUUGUAUAAUCUAACAGUUCGCGCUGUGGACCAUGGAAAACCCAGGUCAUUGUCAUCCUCAUGUUUUAUAGAAGUUGAAGUUUUGGAUGUCAAUGAAAAUCUGAAUAAGCCAGUUUUCAGCUCAUUUGUACACAAUGCUACAGUUAUGGAAGAUGCAAAAAUUGGUACUUCAGUCCUGACCCUGACAGCAGUGGAUAAAGAUCUGGGCAAAGAUGGAGUCGUUAGAUACCACAUUCAUGAUGGGACAGGACUUGGAGUCUUUAUCAUUAAUGAAGAAACAGGAGUGAUUCAGCUGGCAGACACAGUGGACAGGGAGGCUGUAACGCACUACUGGCUGACUGUUUAUGCCACUGAUCUGGGCACUGUUCCCCUGGUGUCCUGGACCGAAGUCUACAUUGAAGUUUUGGAUAUCAAUGACAAUCCUCCUGAGCUGUCCCAACCCAUCUACUUCGCUUCAAUCCAAGAAAAUUUGUCCAAAGACAAAUUUGUGUUGAAAGUGGCCGCCACAGAUGUGGACAAGUCAUCUGAGGGGAAGAUAACAUUCCAAAUCCCAGAUUCCCAGCGGACAUAUUUCAACAUCAGUUCAAAGACAGGUGCGAUCAGCACUGUCUCAGCCCUAGAUCGUGAACAAAGAGCAGAGCACAUUAUUGAGGUGAUUGCUUCGGACAAUGGAGAUCCUCCGCUGCGCUCCACAGCCACAGUGGUCAUUCAGGUGCUAGAUGAGAAUGAUAAUAGCCCUCAGUUCAGUCACAAGCUCUUCCAGGUCAAGCUGCCUGAGUGCCAGGACAAGGCAUCGUCCCAGGAAGUCUACAGGAUGAUCGCACGUGAUAAAGAUGAGGGGCCAAACAGCCAGAUCACCUACAGUCUGGAAGAUAGCGUAGAGGGGCGAUAUGAAAUCCACCCCACCACAGGGGUGGUGACUGCCAGGGGAGUGUUUGCACAAGGCAACUACAACAUCCUAACGAUAAAAGCCACAGAUCAUGGCAGUCCUGCGAGAAUGUCCAAGACACGUCUGGAUGUUGAAUGGCUGCCACAACCAGAACCCAGUUCAGAGUCUCUAGCUUUCGACGAGGCCCACUUCACCUUUGCUGUCAUGGAGUCAGACCCUGUCACUCAAAUGGUGGGAAUCAUCAGCACUGAGAUCACAGUGAGCCUCCUCUUGUUCAACAUUGUAGGUGGCGAUGAAGAUCAGGACUUUUACAUUGAGAAGAACACUGGGAGUAUUGUGAUAGCUAGGCAGCUGGAUGCUGGCAAAAGAUCUAAUUACAACCUCACCGUCAGCGUUACGGAUGGGUUUCAGACCAUAACAACUCAGGCAUACAUCCGUGUGCUUGACAUGAACGAGCAUCGACCCAUGUUCCUGAAGAGUAUGUAUGAGGUGAGCGUUCCUGAGGACACAGCUCCAUGGAAAGAGAUCCUGCAGAUCAGUGCCCAGGAUGCAGACACCAACAGCAGGAUCAUUUACUCCAUCCACAGCAGUCUCAACCCAGACAGCCUCAAACAUUUUCACCUGGAUCCAAAGAGUGGAGUUCUUGUCCUUACCGAGGAGCUGGACUACGAGGCCAUCUCCACACACAGUCUCCUAGUGAUGGUUCGUGAUCAAGAGAUCCCUGUAAAGAGGAACUUUGUGAAAGCAGUAGUGCAUGUGGAGGACUGUAAUGACUACACACCUACAUUCAUGAGCAACCAUUAUGAGGGAAGCAUCAGUAACUUGGCUCCAACUGGGACAGAGGUGCUUCGUGUCAAAGCUUUGGAUAAAGACAAAGGCAGUAAUGCUGAGAUUGUCUAUUCUAUUCACUCAGGAGGGAAUGCAGAAGGAGCUUUUGACAUCGAUCAGGAGACAGGAAGCAUCCGUGUGGCUAAGUCAUUAGACAGGCUCUCCCAGGAGCAAUACCAGCUUGUGGUGAAGGCCACUGACCAGGGCUUUCCCCAGCGCAGUGACCUCUGCCCAGUCAAUAUCCAUCUUAAGCUGUCUCAGCACACAGCACCCAAGUUUACCCAGGAUGAGUACUUCACUGAAAUAAGUGAAACUAGUGCUUUGGGAUUUUCAGUGCUGUCUGUCUCAGCUAGCUGUCCUUCUGCUGUGAACUACAGGAUCAAAGAUGGUGACCCUAAUGGGACUUUCCACAUCAAUUUAAACUCUGGACUUCUAUCAGUCCAAAAAGCCCUCAAUUUUGAAGAGUGUAUCUCUUACCGACUCCAAAUAAGAGCCACAAAUACAGCAGGAGUCUCCUCAGAUGCAGUUGUUUAUGUGUACAUCUUAGAUGAAAAUGACAAUGCCCCUGUUUUUCUUCAGGGCAGUUACUACGGGCAGAUCAGUGAGUCUGCACAAAUAAACAACAUGGUAAUGGGAGAGAACAACACCCCACUGGUCAUCAAGGCCUCAGAUGCAGACAAGGACUCUAACGCUCUGCUGAUCUUCCAAAUCCAAGAGCCUGAAGCAAAGAAAGUAUUUAAAAUAGAUCCAAGCAUGGGCACAAUCUCUCUGAUAUCUGCACUUGACUUUGAGACUGCACCUGAAUUUAGCUUCACAGUUCAAGUGCGGGACUCGGGAGAGCCCUCUUUAAGUGCUGUCAAACCAUGCAAAGUCACCAUUCGUGUCCUGGAUUUUAAUGACUGUCCUCCUAAGUUCACACUACCUGUCUAUACAGCUUCCAUCAUGUCCCCUGUUUUUAAAGACAUGAAAGUCAUCCAAGUAAUGGCCCAUGAUGCAGAUUCAUUGGUCUUGUACAGUAUUAGUAAUCACAACGAUGCAUUUAAAAUACAUGAAUCAACUGGAGAAAUCUCAGUGAAUAAUGGGUCUGACUUUCAGUCCUAUUAUGAGCUCAAAGUUAUAGCCUCAGAUGGUGUAUACAAAGACACCACUUUAGUAAAUGUCAAUGUCACUCAAAUGCAAAGGACUAGUCUAAAGUUUGAGGACAGGAUCCAUGUUGGCACUGUACUUGAAAACACUACAUCUAUAAAAACUUUAACUGUACUCAGAGCCAUGGGCAGCUACCUCAAUGAACCAUUGAUCUACACAGUUCUGAACCCAGCUGAUAAGUUUUCAGUGGUGCAGUCUUCAGGCGUACUGCAGACAACUGGAGUUGCCUUUGACCGGGAGGAACAGGAUGAGUAUGACGUGGCUGUGGAGGUCCGAGACAUGAGAAAUCCACAACGUAUUGAUGUGACUUAUGUCAAAAUCUAUGUAGACGAUAUAAAUGACAACACACCCAUCAUAUCAAACCUUCCCCAUACUCUUAUGAUAUCUGAUGAGACAGAACCAGGGGAUGUUCUCUUCCAAGUGCUGGCGACUGAUAAAGACACUGGUGAAAAUGGAUCUAUAAUAUUUACACUAGAGGAGCAUUUCAAUCUCUUUAGGAUUGAUCCCUAUCUUGGAGAUGUGUCUCUUCAACGACCCCUAGACUACGAGACAUUGAACAAGUAUGUGCUUACUGUAAGAGCUUCAGAUGAAGGAGAGCCUUGUCUGUCAUCAGUAGCAGAACUAUAUGUCCAAGUGCAAAACCGUUCCCAUCCAAUAUUUCAAAGUCUGUUUUACCCUUUACGACUGCCUGAAAACAUUCCUCCCUUCACAAACAUCCUGCAUGUGCAAGCAAAAAACCCGGAGGGCUAUCGUCUUAUCUACAAUCUUGAAGAUGAAGAAAAUGCCACAAAAUAUUUUCACAUUGACUUCAAAACAGGCAUGAUAAGUGUCACUGACUUUUUGGACUAUGAGUCUCAGACAAAUCACUUGUUGACCGUUCGGGCCACAGACUCUAUAACUGGCUCUUUUAGUGAGUCCAAAGUACAGAUAGAUGUCGAGGACAUCAAUGAUAAUGCUCCUGUUUUUGAGAAGCUUACCUACAAAGCAGAAUUGUUAGAAGGUCUUCCAGUUGGCUCAUCUGUAAUACAGGUCUCAGCUUUUGACAGAGACUCAGGUAGAAACAAAGACUUAACCUAUGAAAUAGUUGACACAGGAAAAAAUGAAACAGAAUUUUUCAAAAUUGAUCCACUCAGUGGUCUUUUGCUAACAUCACAGGUCUUGGAUUAUGAGACUACACAAGAAUUCCAUCUGAAAAUCAUAGUCACAGACAAUGGUACACCACCUCUCAGCAGUGAAGCUCAAAUUAUUGUGAAUGUUUUAGAUGUCAAUGACAACCCUCCGAACUUCAGUGAGCCUCAGUAUCGAGCCUCACUGGAUGAAAUGGCCACCUGUGGACAUGUUGUGAUCAGAAUCCAGGCCUCAGAUCCUGACAGCAAGGACAAUCUCCAGUAUAAAAUUCUCUCAGGUAAUGAAGAAAGGUACUUUGCUAUGAAUGAAUCGUCAGGUCUGAUCUCAUUUUCCAAUGUUUGCAAGAGAAAUUUGCAUCCUUUUUACAAUCUCACUGUUGCUGUUUCGGAUGGUGUGUUCCAAACGACUGCUCCGGUAAACAUUGAAAUGACCAGCAGCAACAGGCAUAGCCCAUACUUCAGCCAGGAUGUUUAUGAAGCCGAACUGGCUGAGAAUGCAGAGGCAGGAACACGUGUAAUUCGCCUGGCUGCUAUUGAUCCUGACGAUGGUCCAUAUGGCAGUGUAGAUUACACCAUUAUCAACAAGCUAGCAGAUGAAAAAUUCAACAUUGAUGGUGAAGGACAAAUUGUGACCUCUCAGCCUUUGGACAGAGAGAAUCCCUCACAAAGAGUGAUUGCCAUCAAGGUCAUGGCUAAGGAUGGUGGGGGAAGAGUAGCUUUUUGCACUGUGAAGAUCAUUCUUACGGAUGAGAAUGACAAUGCGCCUCAGUUCAAAGCCUCUCAGUACCAGGUGUCUAUUAAGUCCACAAUAAAUAAGGGUUCUCCUGUUAUUCAAAUAAUGGCUUAUGAUGCUGAUGAAGGCAAGAACGCAGAUGUCACUUACGCAGUGGAUGAAGCUGAGGAAGUGACCGAGGAUGUGAUUGAGAUUAAUCCCUUUACUGGUGUGGUUAGUGUCAAAGAGAGCCUGGUUGGCAUGGAAAACAAGAUCUUUAAUUUCAAAGUCCAGGCUCGGGAUGGAGGAAUUCCGUUUUACAACUCUACCGUGCCAGUCCAGGUCAAAGUAGUCCCUCCAGAGGUCCCUCUGCCAAGGUUUACAGAACCACUGUACACAUUCUCAGUGUCUGAGGAUUUCCCCAUUGGCUAUGAAAUAGGUACAGUCAAGGCUGAUGCUGACACACCACUCAUCUAUAGCUUAGUAGAUGGCAACACUGUGGAAAGCAACAGAGAACAAGUGUUUGCUCUUGAUGAAGACAGUGGAACCCUUGUGGUGCAGAAAAAUAUUGACUAUGAGAAGACCAAGUGGUAUCAGAUUGAUGUUAUUGCUCAAGGUAGUCACAAUGGCACAGAAGUAGCUUCUCUAGUAUCUGUUAACAUUCAGGUUCAGGAUGUGAAUGACAACCAGCCUAACUUUGAUUCUGACCUGUACAAAGCCAUACUGGCUGAAAAUAUGCCUGCUGCCACCACAGUGAUCCAGGUAACAGCUAAUGAUCCUGAUAAAGAUGCUAAUGGAGAGGUGACAUACACUCUGGAGCCAGACAUAGAUGAUAUCAGUGAGAUCUUCAGCAUUGACUCACAAACGGGCUGGAUAACCACCAUGAAGGAGACAGACUGUGAAUCCAAACAAUUGUACAGGUUCUAUGUGGUGGCCACUGAUCAUGGAGGCAGUGUCAGGCUUUCCUCAUCAGCUCUUGUGGAAGUGAAAAUCACUGAUGAAAAUGAUAAUCCACCUCAGUUCACAGAGGAAGUCUAUCACGGGUCCAUCAUUGAGAACAGCAGGCCUGGGGAGCUAAUAGUCGUUCUGACAACUACAGAUAACGAUGUGUCACCUGACAACAGACAAGUCACAUGCUAUAUAACAGAUGGAGACCCACUGGGACAGUUCUCAGUCACUGUUGUGGGAGAAGAGUGUAGACUUAUUUCAAAAGGGUCACUGGAUAGGGAAAUGAAAGACAAACACACCCUAAAAGUAAUAGCCACAGAUGGAAAGUUUCAAACUGCUGCCGCAGUAGAAGUUCAUGUUCUUGACAGCAAUGACAACAGUCCAUUGUGUGAACAAUUGCUUUACACUGAAGCAGUCAUGGAGAAUUCCCCACCAGGACUCUUCAUCCUGAAGAUCUCUGCCUCUGAUCCAGACAUUGGCACAAACGGACAAGUGUCAUUUACUCUUCAUGGGCCAAAUGCAGACAAGUUUCAUCUUAACCCCAUAACUGGGGAGCUGUUCACUCUUGCCUUAUUGGACCGGGAGAAGGAAACAGAAUACGACUUGGUCGUCAAGGCAACUGAUGGAGGAGGACGUUCGUGCCAAGCAGACAUUAUACUUAAGGUGCAGGAUAUAAAUGACAACCCACCACAGUUCUCCAGCGACCACUAUGAGAUAACAGUGUUCGACAACACCACUGUUAGAACACCUAUUACAGUCAUCUAUGCCAAAGACCCAGACACAGGUAUAAACUCAGAGGUGAGGUACUCCCUGCAAGGAGCAGACAGUGGUUUCUUCUCUCUGGAUGAGAUUUCGGGUAUUUUGCGCUUGGAGCACUCUCUGGCUGAUGAGGGUCAAACCACCUUUGAGCUGAGAGUCAAAGCCACGGACAGAGGUCUUCCUAAUCAUCUCUACUCCUUAGCCAGAGUCACAGUCAAUGUACUUGAUCUGAAUGACUAUCAGCCUGUGUUCCUGAGCUCUGAGUACAUGGCUGAAAUCCCAGAAUCCUUGCCUGUGGGGACAGAGGUAAUUAGUGUUUCUGCCCAAACAAGAGAUGGCACUGGCAGCGAGCCUGUCCGAUACUCCAUCAUCUCUGGCAACGAGGACGGAAGGUUCCAGAUGAACUCUGAGACAGGUGUGUUGUGGGUGAAGGCUCCUAUGGACUAUGAGCUCCGUCGUGAGUAUUACCUGUCAGUGGAGGGGGCACAAGGCAAAUCAUCACUGACUGACAUAGCCAUGAUUAUUGUCAAUAUCACCGAUGUCAACGACAACCCACCAAUCUUCAGCCGUGCAGACUACAGUGCAAAAAUCGCUGAAGAUCUCCUGCCUGGAGACACAGUGAUGCAGGUGACAGCUGUUGACCGUGAUGGACCACAGAACAACCUCAUCCGCUACUCCAUCGUGAGUGGCGACCCAUGGCAGCAGUUCAGCAUUGAUCCUCAGACAGGACACAUCAAAGUGUGCUCCAUGCUGGACAGGGAAGAGAUCACACACUACUCCUUGACUGUGCAGGCUGCUGAUGAGGGGCAGCCUCCUCUCUCCUCGGCUGUCCAGGUGACAGUCACUGUUUCUGAUGUCAACGACAACCCACCUGUCUUCUCUCAGACCAGCCACAGCCUUGUGCUACAGGAAGAGGAGGCUGUGGGCAGUAGCAUUCUGCAACUGUUGGUCAGCGACAGGGACACACCUCAGAAUGGACCUCCGUUUACUUUCCACAUUGUCUCUGGAAAUGAAGGCAGACACUUCCAUGUAGACCAGGGUGGUCUCCUGUCACUGUCCUCCUCACUUAGGAAGAGAGGAAAGUCUCAGCACGUGCUCAAAAUUCAGGUCACUGACAGUGGACACCCGCCUCUCUCCUCUAUAUGUGUGGUUAAAAUCAACGUUACAGAAGAGAGCAAGUUCCCUCCUGCAGUGGCCCCACUGGAUGUGUUCAUUACUACAACUGAGCAAACUUUCUCCAGACGGGUAAUUGGUAAGCUACACGCCUCUGACCAGGACCCCCAGGAUGUUCUGAGUUACAGGCUAGAAACUACACACAAUGGUCACUUCUCUAUGGACUCUGUGGACGGAAAGAUUGUAGCGGAGAAGGCUCUUUGGCCGGGCGUUUAUUUUCUCAACGUGAGUGUGACAGAUGGCAAAUUCACCGUCCGUUCUGGAGUGCGUGUACAUAUAUGGGCUGCGUCUCAGCAGGACCUGGAUCAGGGCUUCACCCUGCAUUUGGCCGGCCUAAGUGCUGAGGAGUUUGUGUCUGAGUACUGGAGGAUGCUCCAGCGCAAUCUGGAUAUACCCAAACUGGAGCUGCACAUUGCCAGCCUGCAGCAGGAACAGCUGUCUCACAGCCCGGAGGUACAGGUCCUGCUGGUGUACAAGGCUCAGAACAACUCGGCUUGGCCUGUGGAUUCCCAGCACCUAAUGACUGCACUGGAACGCAUUAACGCCUCUCUCGGACUGAGCAUAAUCAGAGUAAGGGGCAAUGGCUGUGUGGGGGAUGGCUGCCCUCAACCAGGCUGCAGGAGUACUGUACUGAUGAACGAGGAGAGAGUGAAGCAUUACAGCACUGCCCGGGCCAGCUUCUUCACUCCACAUCACAGCUGGGAGAGCGUGUGCAGCUGUAAUGACACAGCCAUGAGAUUUGAUGGACAUGGUUAUCUAAAAUACCUUUUUGAGACUGAGGAGGAAAAACACAACUUCCAUCUGUCUCUUCGUAUCAAAACAUCGGAUGCUGAAGGCACAGUGAUGACGACUAAUGCCUCUGACUGGGGAACAUUACAGCUGAUGGAGAGGAAGCUCCAGUUCCGGUAUAGGUGUGGGAAUCUGCAUUCUGGUGUCCUGCGUCUGGAAACUCAUUUGGUGGCUGACGGCCAUUGGCACGACAUCUCCCUGGAGGUCAGAGGAACUAACCUGAGGCUCACCAUGGACCACAUACACUCCAUCUCCAGAGACCUGCAGGAGCCUUGCAGGCUGACCCAGGCCCACGGGGUCCUGCUGCUUGCCAACACCAGCCCUAAUGCCAACUCGCCAGGCUUUAAGGGCUGUCUGGAGCGACUGUACUUUAACGGGCAAACUGUGAAGACAGACGAGGGCUCUCAGAGAAACCGACUCUUCGGAAAGUUCCAAUGCUGCAAAGAGGAAGUCUGUGCCAGUAAUCCAUGUGAGAAUGGAGGUACUUGUCAGGAAAAGUUUAACAAAGAGUUCAGCUGUAGCUGUCCACCGCAGUUUAUGGGCACACACUGUGAGUUGAAUAAUCCUUGUGCCUCUCAGCCUUGUGGCCAUGGCAGCCUGUGUGUGCCAAAGACUGAAGAUUACAUGUGUAACUGCUCUGAACAAAUUCCCGGAAGCAGAUGUGAGUUACUGAAGGAGGAAUGCUAUCCAGACUCCUGUCUCAGUGGAUUUAGAUGUAUAAUGGAAGACGGCUCCAUCCACUGUAACUCUUUGCCUCUGGUAUCAAGAAGUAUUGGAUUUGUAGAGAUUGCUGAGAUCUGUGCAGGUGUGUUUGGCCUCAUCUUUCUUGUCGCUGCUUUUGUGUGCAUUCGAAAACGCUACGUCAGUUACAAGAAGCACAAGCCGGUUUGCGUACAAGACUCAAAUGGUUACUUCCCUACGGGUCUGACCAAAACCAUGCUGCGUGACGGAGGAGACACACCUCCUAUGGAGAUGAACACACUGAUUGGUGGGAACGACCUGGGCAACAGCCCUUUCCGUUCUCUGAAGCCGCAAGAGCAGAGGGAGAUGAACUCCCGGGGCCACAAGGCUCAGGGCCCUGUAGUGUGCAGUGUAGCCCCUAACCUUCCUCAUCCCCCAUCAUCCAACUCAGAUAAUGAGUCCAUCAGAAAAAAUAACUGGGAUCCAGGCUAUGAAGUGUACCCCGCUGAUCCGGACUAUUUCGGGCGACCCAGUGUGCAGGAGUUCCCACAGUUUGACAUUGUCGAGAGCACGUACCCCACCAUGCCCUCCACAGACUCUCGCCGGAACUCUCGUUUUGGGGGUUUCCCAUUCCCACUGGAGCGCAGUGAGCGUCGUGCCCCGUUGCCGCCCUGCUACAGCCACCAAAACCUGGAUGACUUCCUCGGACCGGAUGGCCUGCCGCUGCCCAGCUCUCAGUGUCCUAAUGAAUACACGGCCAUCAGUUAUUACCCCACACAUCACACACGCAGCAUGGAUAAUGUCUCAGCUGGGUAUAAACGGCUAAGCGUUCGGCUGAGUGUGGCCCAGCCCUCAUACGCAGACUGUGGCUCCUCCACACGCUCUGCUAUAGCCACUCGCUCUUCUCGAGGUUGUGCUGACUCAGACAUGGUGGAGAGUGACUACGGAAGCUGUGAAGAGGUCAUGUUCUAGCAAACACAUGUAUCUGAAAGACUCCUGUCAGGACUGAGAUUUAAGAGUAGAUGAUGAUUAGAUGAUGAAUUGUGAAUUUCAGGGAGAUUCGUGGUAGAGAGAAAUGAAUGAGUUAUUCCUGUCUAAAGCAGUCAUAUUUGAAGGUAAUUCAUAAUUUUGUAAAUCGCAAAUCCAUGGUACAUUUUGUAAAUCUGUCAUUUGACUCCCUACGCAACGUUUAUAUGUAUGCUCAUCAUGCAGCAUUUGCAAAUUGUUAUUCACACAAUACUCUGUGUCUAACUUUAUGGUUUGCAGAUAUUAACAUAAAUUCAUAGCUGUUAGCUAUAGUUGGAUUGGGCACAUGAUCCUUGGAGUCACAAUCACAGUAGUAGAUUUUUCAAACUGACCUUUGAUUCAUAAAAUUAAUCAAUUAACAUUCACAUCGAGGUAUUUACUUAUGAUUAGUUUUUGACAGGAAAUAAUUCCAAAGAAAUACUACAGAGGCACUAGAUCUCCCUGUACUGAACAGUAUUAUUAUUUUUAAGAUAAAUUUACAACUAUUGCUUGUAAAUGUUCAACCAAGAGCAGCAAAUAUUGUUCUUUUGUGCUGUUUUGUUAAGAGCUGCAGCAGAUCCAUCCCUUUAAAUGCUUCGUCGUGGUUGGUGUUUACAGUUUCAUUCAUGUACUGAUAUGUAAUAUAUGUCGCAUGAAUUUAUAAAGAAAUCAAAAAUGAGGUUUUAAAGGACAUCUAGUGUUUGAGCUGAUAAAUAAUGCUCCUGUGUGUUGCAUUUAUUUUAGUGCUCUAUUUCGCACCAGAAAGAGAGCAAUCGCCUAUUAUGUUCAAAUUUGAAAACGUGGCACCAAAUGAAUGAUUUGUUGUUCCUCGUCUUGUUAUAAAUUGCACGUUUUUUAGGUGAGCCAUAAAUCUGAGAGCAUGUUUGGCUUAAUAUGUGCUUGCACUAACCAGCAGACUAAAUUAAUUAGGAAUUUGAAAAAAAGUGGCAAGUUAUUAAGACAUUCUACUGAAAGAAAUACAGAUAUGUACAGAUACAGACGAUAUUAGAUAAAAAUGAGCUUCGAGUUAUCUGAACUUUACCCCAUGCUGUGCAUAGCUAAAGAUUCAGUUAGUAAGAACAUCCCCUGUUCUUAAAGCCAUAUAACUAGUGCUUGAUUGCAUUAUUAUCGCAUGCUGAAGCACUUGAUAUGAUAUUGCUUUGUGAUUGAUGGAUUGAAACAGUGCAGUGUUCGACUUUAUGUGUAUGUGUCACAACUGUCAGGUGUUUGUUAGCUUUUACCUGUGUAGAAAUGGGCCACCUGUUAAAUUGACUACAAAUUGUGAGGAGCAUUUUUUUUUUUUUGUAAAAUGUAGAUUACAUUUAUUUAGACUGAAGCUGAGGCUGGUCCUUGGAUAUUUACAUAUAUUGUAGAAAUAUGCUAUAUAUCAGAAUAGAUUCCAAAUGCUGAGUCUGUAAGUGACCUAUAUACAUUCUUGCAUUCUUCACAAGCAUAUAAGAAGUGCUUUGUGAAUAGUUAUCAGUUCGAUGCAGUAUUUUUGAAUGUGAAAACAUGCACUGCUUUGUUUCCCCUAAUGUUGCCAAUGUGAAGAGGUUUAUGAUCAAAUUAAAAUUAGACUAUAAAACAAAUAAUAUGCAACCUAGUAAUGCAACUAUGAUGCAUUCCUGUCUCCUGAUCUCUGCUAAGGCAUUGGUAGAGAGUGAAAAUGUACAAUAUUGACCCUGCACAACUGGUGUUUCACAAUUCUGUUACUUUGUCAAUCUUGUCAUUGCUGUAUAUGUCAUUUAUGGUCCUGUAUUUGCCAACUUGUUUACAUGUGAAAUGUCAUCAGUAGGGAUUUGCAGCCCAGUACAGAAUCAUUGGGUUUAGACUCUGUGAUAUGGACGCGUGGGAAUUGUAUUAAAGCUGUACACACAGCUACACGCACACUGCAUGUGCUAUUCUCUCCUACUGAUCACUAUGUCAUUGUGAUGGACUGUGCUUAGUCUUUGGACCUAAAUAAAAUGUUCUAGUCCUGUUGUUUAUGGCAGCUCUGUCAGUUCAGUUGGCCACAAAGCCAUUGUUGUACAUACAGUGAGUGCAGUGGUCCAGUGAGUUCAAGAAAGAAUGUAUGCUUUUGUAUUUUCAAUGGGACAAAUCCCAUGUUUUAAAUCUGUUCCUCUGUGAGAGAAUAAUUUCCUUUUAGUUUCCAUCAUCACUGGAAAUGAAAUAGUGCUAUAUGAAUAAAUGUCCAUGUUUAAUGAA